AUGGUGCGAAAGAAUAACGGUAGUCAUAAGAAACGUACCACACCAGUGAUUGUUGAAAUGGAUGACGAAAAAGCCCAAAAGGGAACUGAUCCUUGGGCAGCAAUUGAAAAUGGCGAGGCAGUCACAGCCAGAGAAGUAUUUUACAAGAAACCAUCACCUCAAGAACCAAAAAUAAAGCACUAUGAGAAGUUCAAAAACAAAAGGCAACGUAUUAGUGAUGGUUCGGGUGCAGAACGAGUUGAAAUUCAUAGUCGUAUUCCAAAAGUGCUGAAAAUGUCUUCGAAAAGGACAAAACUAAGCGACUCUAAUGAGAAUGUCAACGUUUUUGCGGAUGUACUAAAGGCGAAAAACAGAAAUGGUGAGAAGGCAAAGAAAGGGAAGAAACGGCGGUUGGAAACAGAGGAAGGAGAUGAUAAUGAUGAAAAUCAAAACAUGGACGGAUUGGAAAGUGAAGAAAGUUAUGAUUCCGAUGAAGAUGAGGAUUACGAUGAAGAACUUCAAGAUGAAGAAUGUGAGGUGGAUGAUGAAGAGGAAGAAGAUGAAGAAGUUACUGAUGAAGAGGUAGAUGAAGAGGAGGAGGAAACAGAGGCUGAAGAAGAUGGACAGGAAAACAGUUUGAAAGUGAAGCGAAAGAAGGUUGUAAAUGGCGAAAUUGUGGAGCCUGAAGAGGAUGAAGACGAGGAAAGUGAAGACGAGAGUGGGACAGAUGAGGGCGAAUCUGAUGAAAGUGAAGAAGUCUCUGAUGAUUCCGUUGUCCAUGUCGACGACGAAGAAUCCGAAGGGGAAGCACACAUUGGUGAAGACAGAGAAGCAACAGUGCUGCAGUAUACAAACGGUGACUCUAUCUCAUUUAUGCCGGAUUUCGACAAGUUCCCAUUCACAGACGAAGACUCCUCCGUAACGGCUACACGUGCUUUUGCUUGGAUGAUCGCACCCUGUGAUGUCCAAACGUUUUUCAAAGAUUUCUUCCAAUCGAACGCUCUUAUUGCGAAGCGUAGCACUCUGAAUUACUAUUCAAACUUGUUCUCCACUCAAAGGCUGGUUGAACUCAUGGAGAAGAACUAUCUGGAGUACGGUACAAACAUCAACAUCGCGGAGUAUAAGAACGGAGUCCGGCGAACAAUGAAUGGAACUGGACGCGUAUAUUCGAACCAUCUUAAAGAACAUCUUGCUCUUGGUCGUUCUGUGCAGCUUGUUAAUCCGCAGACUUUCGAUGAUCGCGUAUGGUAUUUUUGUGAAGUUCUACAAGAGAUGUUCGGGUGUUUUGUUGGUGCAAACACAUAUCUGACUCCAGCUGGUUCGGCUGGCUUUGCACCCCAUUGGGAUGAAAUCGACGCAUUCCUCUUGCAGCUUGAGGGCAAAAAGUAUUGGAAGGUGUACGCACCGGAUUCUAGUGACGAUGAACUACCGCUGGAUUCUAGUGGGAAUUUCAAUGAUGAUGACAUGAAGGAUCGAAAGCCGACUUUUGAAGGAUGGAUUGAAGCUGGCGAUUUGCUUUACAUUCCUCGUGGCUUCAUUCACCAGGCUUCAACCGCCGAUGAUAUUCACUCUUUCCACAUAACGAUUUCGAGCGGCAGGCACUGGUCAUUUGCUGAUCUUAUGGAGAAGAUGAUCCCUGAGGCAGUAAAGAGUUUGGCAAGUAAUCGCUGGAAAAUGCGAAAAUCGUUGCCGGUUGGAAUGUUGGACAUGGGUGGAGUGGCAGGUAUAGAGUACCGCAUGGAGGAGCAUUUUGAGGAGAAAUGGAAAUCAGUUCUUGAUCGCCAUAUGACUGUAUUACGCAAUUCAAUAAGAGAAGUAUGCGACGGAGGAAUCGACUUAAUGGCCAGAGAGUUCAUGAGAACUGCUCUACCUCCAAGACUCACAGAAGAUGAGAAGGCUAUGAGUGUCGUAGGAUCUAAUACAAAUAUUCUACAAGGGAAGCCUCUAGAGUUCCGUCCUAGUACGAGAGUGAAAUUUAUUCGAAGACACGCUCAGAGACUUAUUUUCGAAAGCGAUGAUGAUUGCUACGUCGUUCACCGUAUGGCCAACUCACGUUUGUACGAGGGUCUUCCUGAACAAAACUUUGAGUUACCCGCGGAGUUUGUGAGCGGAUUCAACGCUCUUUGUGACAGCUAUCCAGAGUGGAUGUCGUUGUCGGAAAUGCCGGAUGACAUAAAUGGAGAGGAAGUGCAGGCUUUAUGUCAUUUGCUUUACCAUCAUGGGUUGAUCAUGGUUCAACAGCUGCCGGAUAGGAUCGACAUCAAGAAGAAGAAGAAGAGUAAAAAAGCAAAAUAG